GUGUGUGUGUGUGUGUGUGUGUGUGUAUAUCACAAUGAGUAUAUGCUUAUAUGCUAACUUUGCCUGUUCAGUUAAGACAAUGUUAGGAAAGAGCACAACUCCCAGUUACUAAGAAAAAUUAUCGACUUGUAAUGCACUGACACUGGGUCUAAAGGGCCCACCGGAAGGGUGUCUUGGGUCCUUUCCUGCCAUUCAAACACAGGCGCUGUCCUGCUCAACACAAACACAGGAUGUGAUGCUAGAUUUAUCAGCGGCAGGCAGGAGACAGACACAAUGGCAAGACAUGCUGCAUGUUUGUUUCCAUGUAAAAUACAGUGGAACAAAACUUAACUUUAAUGCAGCUAACGCUGUGCUGGUGUCGCGUCGUGAGAAACAUCUGGGGAUGUAGUCUAAACAAUAAGCAGCCUGGGCAGUUGUUUUUUUGUUGGCGGCAGGAACUCGCUCCGAGAAGAGACAAACGAAACCUGCUGCUUAAAAAUGAUUUCCUUUGGAGGUUAUUGACUAAACAGGAUGCGUCGGUUCGAGUCUCGUUUUGGUGCCUGAAAGGACAAUUCCUCCCGCGCUCCCUGAGAUGAACCGAAUACUUUCUCUUCGAAACGAGUAGCAUUUGAUCAUUUUACGACACUGGCGGGAUGAUGCUCGCACUGAUUCUGGCGCUGUCGUGUUUUGUCGCUGACGGGACGGAUCGAGUGAUCACGACGUGCACGGCCGAGGCUUGCCUCACGCUGCAUCUGGAGGAGAAACGCUUUAAAAACGCCUCGGACGACUGCGUUAAUAAUGGCGGCAAACUGGUCACCAUGAGAAACGAAGACGAACUUCAGAGCAUCAAAUCGGCUCUUUCGGGAGCGGGGGGGUUCAGCGUUCACUCGAAACUUUGGAUCGGACUCGCGUUGCAGAAAAGACGCUGCACCGAUUUCACCGAGGAGCUGCACGGCUUCAGGUGGACCUCAGAGCCGGCCGACUCCAAAUAUUCCUACUGGAAAAAGAAGCCUUUGGGCACGUGCACGGAGAAGAGGUGCGUGUCGAUUUCGCUGGCGGACGGCCUCAAGUGGACAGACAGCUCGUGCAGAGACAGCGCGUUUUUUAUGUGCAAAUUUCUCUUCAAAGGCAUGUGCAAACCGAUGGCGCUGGAAGGACCGGGAGACGUCAAGUACAACGUUCCGUUCCUGUCUGAACCGUUAACUCGCAACGAAAGGUUGGCGAUGCUGCCGCACGGGACGGGGGCCGAGGUGCUGUGCGGCGGCUCGGAAGACGCGGAAUUUUUCUUCUCUCUUUGCGACAGCAAAGACGGCGUUUUCGGCUGGACGAAUUCGGAGAGUUUCUGCGCGCGCCGUAAAAGCUGCAAACGCAGAAACGGAGGCUGCGAGCACCGCUGCUCGGAGACCGGAGCGGGCGUUCGCUGCGAAUGCCGUGACGGUUAUUACCUCAAGGACGACAAAGCGAGUUGCGCUCUCAGGAACAGCUGCGAAAAUUCACCUUGCGCGUCCAAGUGCGUGCCGACCGCCGCUGGGUUUGCGUGCGCGUGCGCGGAGGGGUUCGACCUGGCCGAAGACGGCGUCGGUUGCGUCGACGUCGAUGAAUGCCGGCGAGCGACCUGCGGGGAGCAAAGGUGCCGCAACACGCCGGGGAGCUACUUUUGCGAGUGCGAACCCGGCUUCAGGCUCGUGGCCGGCAAAUGCGAAGACGUGGACGAGUGCACCGAAGGCAGAUGCGAACAGGGCUGUCUCAAUUCACAGGGCUCGUUCUCUUGCUACUGUCACGCGGGUUACAGCUCGACGUUGAACGACAGCAGGAGGUGUGUGGACAUCGACGAGUGCGUCGGCAGACCGUGCGAGGACCUCUGCCUUAACACUUUGGGCAGUUUUAAAUGCGCCUGUAGGGAAAACUUCAUUUUGGCUAAAAACGGCAUCGGCUGCGUCCCGGGUCCUACGGAGAAACCGCUGAACUCUCCACCUUCGGGUCGUAGGGAAGCGUUCGCCACUAAACCGAGUCGGUUACCAGGCACUUCCGGACCGACGACGGCCAGCCCCCUCGCGUUCACGAACGCUAAAACGGACUCCAGCAAACACCAAGAAAGUUUUCUCGGGGGCUCUUGGGUGUUGGCGUGCGUCGUCGGUUCGGUCGUCCCACUGGUCGCGGUCAUUGUGGUGAUAUCAGUGUUUGUCGUCUACCGAUGGAAACGCGCGAGAAAAGCCGCUUUAAAAAACGCCACCGCCGACAACUACUGCUGGGUUUCAUCUGGACUCGACAAGGAGCGCAAAAAUGCAUUCAACUGACUGAUUAAAUAAAGGAGUGUUCAUUUUCUGUCAGCAUCUAAACAUUCAAACGUUCAUUUCCUCUAACGCUGUUUCCCGUUGCCUGCACAUUUUUUUUCUGUAAAUGUUGGACAAAUUAAUGAAAAUGAUAAAACCGCUUUAAGUUUAAUUGAUGCUGUUGGAUAUAACCAAUGCGUUAGUGUUGUCGUUUUUUGUCAUUUACCUUUCUGUCUUACAUGUUAAAUGAAUUGCUUUUGUUUCACAUUUCGCCGAUUAUGUAGAGACGUUUGCAUAGCAUAGUGGACUUUGUGUUUCUUUCUGGUAAUGUUAGUCUGUAGCCACGAAUGCAAGGUACAUAAACUUAAAUAAAAAGGAAAGAAAAUAACUUUUUCUGAGAUAUACGUGUAUCCAUUGGAGAAAAUUGGAGACAAUAUAGCCCACUCCCAACCUUUUAAAAGCCCUAAGCACGUGAUGUCCACCAGUGCCACUAAACGUGAUCGUAUAUUUAUUUAUUUUAUUUUUUUUUUUUUGUUGCUGUUGUUGUUUUUGAUUCACGAUAUUGUUGCAAAAAGAAAUCUCUACAUUUUGGUAGAAUUAAAAAAA